AUGUGCCGAACCUCCCUGCUCUCCCGGGGGUCGAGGGGCUGUGCACUCAGCCCUGAGCGCCGGUCUCGCAGUGCCAGGAGCUCCCCAAAGAGACUAAAAGCGGCCUCCGGGCCGCAAAGAAGUGUUGGUGCUCCACAGCGGCCCGAAACCCUUGCCCACCGCAGGGACUCCGAGGGGUCAGGCAGCGCCGACUUCCCAAACAGGGCGUGUUUGGCGCCAAAGAAAUGGAACGCUUUGCCUUCAGAUCAAGAGCGGGAACGCGGCUCUGGCACUCCCCCGCCCGGCGACCCCGCCCGGGGCCCCGCGCGCACCACGCCUGUUGGGCAGGAGCCGCGACCUCGGGUGCCUCCCACGUGCUCGGAGGAUCGCUGCUCACCUCUAGCAAGGGUAAUUUUAAACCAGCUUCUUGAGGCUAAGAGGCUAAUCCUACCCACCUUUUUGACGAGGAUGGGAGGGGCGGGGGUGGUCCAAGCACUAGGAAACUCCACGAGCCGCAGAAGCUGGGGGGAGGACGAGCUCCGGGAGGGGGGCGUGGGCGUCUCCUCGCUUCGCGAGGUGACUGUGGUCGCAGCCUUCUCCGCCCCGCCCCCGACUCUGCGCUGCGGCUUAACUCGGCUGGGGGCGCCGGCAGACUGUAGUUUGGAAGAGCUGCCGCCCCCACCUCCCCCCCUCUGCCCACCCCGCCUCGCCUCGGUCGUCACCGCAGGAUCCCAGCGAAGUACCUCUGUGUUUUGGGACGGGGACCGAGUAUACCUCUGGCGUCUGGGGCAUGUUGGAGUUCCACUCUAG